AUGGCACAGCCCCCCAGGCUCCUCGCCCCUCUCCGGCUGGGGCUGGCAGCAUGUCGCUGGCUCCGCACCCCCGCCACGCCGGGGACCCGGCUCGACCUGCGGGGCAUCUUCCCCCCGCUCACCACCCCCUUCACAGCCCAGGCAGAGGUGGAUUACAGCCGGCUGGAGGAGAACCUGCACCGCUAUGCCACGGCCCCCUUCCGAGGCUUCGUGGUGCAGGGCUCCAGCGGCGAGUACCCCUACCUGACGCCCCAGGAGCGGCUGGCCGUGGUGAGCCGCGUGCGCCAGGCCGUGCCCAGGGACAAGCUGCUGCUGGCCGGGUCGGGCUGCGAAUCCACGCAGGGCACCAUUGCGAUGACCGUGGGCAUGGCCGAGGCGGGCGCUGACGCCGCCCUGGUGGUCACACCCUGCUACUACCGGGGCGCAAUGACCAGCGCGGCCCUGAUCCACCACUACAGCCAGGUGGCAGAUGCGUCACCGAUCCCUGUGGUGCUGUACAGCGUCCCAGCCAACACCGGCCUGGAGCUGCCCCUGGAGGCCACGCUCACCCUGUCGCAGCACCCCAACAUCGUGGGCCUCAAGGACAGCGGGGGGGAUAUUACCCGGCUGGGGCUGAUUGUCCACAAGACCCGGACGGAGGAGUUCCAGGUGCUGGUGGGGUCGGCUGGAUUCCUGCUGGCUGGCUACGCCAUAGGUGCCUGCGGGGGGGUCUGUGCUCUUGCCAACGUGCUGGGAGCCCCGCUCUGCCAGCUGGAGCGUCUGUGCCAGGAGGGACGCUGGCAGGAGGCCCAGGCCUUGCAGCUCCGGCUCAUUGAGCCCAACGCAGCGGUCACCCGCAAGUUUGGGAUCCCGGCACUGAAGCAGGCCAUGGAGUGGUUCGGGUACCACGGCGGGCCCUGCCGCGCCCCCCUGCGCCCUCUGAGCAAGGCCCAGCUGGAGGAGCUGCGCAGGGACUUCAGCAUCAAUGGCUGGCUGUGA